AUGGGCAAUCACACCACAGUGCACACAUUCCUUCUGUGGGGAUUUUCCAGUUUCCCACACCUGCAGAGUCUACUCUUUGUGGUGAUCUUCUUCUCCCAUGUGACCAUCCUGGCUGCAAAUGCGGCCAUCAUGGUGGCCAUCAGGCUCAGUCCCAACCUUCAUACCUCCAUACACUUCCUCCUCUUUGGCCUGUCCUUUUCAGAAACUUGUACCACCCUGGUGAUCAUCCCCCGCAUAUUAGUGGAUUUGUUAUCAGACAGCAAGACCAUAUCUCUUCCCGAGUGUGCCACACAGAUGUUGUUCUUCUUUGGCUUGUCAUCCAACAACUGCUUCAUCUUGGCUGCCAUGUCCUAUGACCACUGCACAACCAUCCACAACCAACUGCACUGUCACACCUUUAUAAUAAGAAAAAUCUGCUUUCAGCUCAUGGUGGCCUCUUGUAUUAUUGGGUUCCUAAUUUCUCUGUGCAUCAUUACCAUUGUAUUCAACUUGACUUUUUGUGACUCUUACAUCAUCCAGCAUUUCUUCUGUGACAUCUCACCUGUAGUCCACCUUGCUUGUGAUUAUGUUUUCCAUCAUGAAAUGAUUAUUUUUAUGCUCUCUGACUUUGUACUGCCCAGUAACUUGGUUUUAAUUAUAAUUUCCUAUGUCUUCAUUGUGUCCAUAAUUAUGAAAAUGUCUUCUGUAAUAGGGAGGUAUAAAACCUUCUCAAUCUUUUCUUCUCAUGUCACAGUUGUGUUUAUAUACUAUGGAUUUGCUUGCUUUGUCUACUUGAAGCCCAAGUACAGUGAUACCUUUGAAAACAUGCUGAUGGCUGUGAUAUACACAGUGCUAACAUCACUACUUAACCCCAUUGUUUACAGUCUAAGGAAUAAGGAAAUGCAGAUAGCCCUGAGGAAAGUUCUAGAGAGUAUCCAAAAGUUUACUUCCCGGGUGGUAAAUGAAAGAGGCCAAGACAUUGAAAAAAAUUUUGCCAAGGGUUGA